CAGAGAGAUCAGAUUCACAUUACUUGUUACUACAUUCUGAGGCUCAGGCAAAAGAUACACACUCUGGGUCUGGGACUGGGAGUUGUUUUCAGUUCCAUUUCUCUUAUUAUUACAAACACAACAAAAGAAAAACCAGCACAUACACUUUCUUCAUCUUCUCCUUUACCCACUUUGAUCCUUACUUUUCUGUUUCUUUUCCUUCACAUUCUUGAAAAUGACCGACAAAGUUCACCCAACAUUAACCAAGCAAAAUCCCACCCCCGUCGCAGUUGCCAAACCGCCCUCAACCAAAACCCACCUCUACAACCCCACCCGCUCCACCCCCACCUAUCGCCACCGAUACUUCAGCUGCCGCCGCUGCUUCUGCUUCACAUGCUUCUGGUCCAUCCUCCUCCUCAUUGCGAUCCUUCUCCUCGCCGCCAUAGCCUCCGCUGCCUUCUACUUGCUCUACCAACCCCGCCGCCCCACAUUCUCCGUUACCUCCGUAAAAAUCUCGUCUUUCAACCUCACCACCACCCCCUCCGACGACACCACCCACCUCACCACCAAAAUCAACCUCACUCUCUCAGCCAAGAACCCCAACAAGAAGAUCACAUUUUUCUACGACCCCAUUUCCAUCACCGUACUAUCAAACUCCGUCAACUUAUCAAACGGUUCGUUUACAAACUUCACCAGCUCACCGGACUCCAUCUCCGUCAUUCACACUGCAAUGGCGCUGAACUCCCAGCUCCUGGAUGCUGACUCCGUCAAGUCACUGAAUUCGGAUCUAAAGAGGAAAAACGGGUUGCCCAUUAGCAUUGUGAUGGAUACGACUGUGAGAGUAAAUAUGGAGAAGAUGAAGAUGAAGAAGAUCGGGAUCAGAGUGAAGUGUGAUGGAAUUCACGGGGUGGUGCCCAAGGGCAAAAGGGUACUUCCGGCACUAGCCAACACUUCUAAUGCAAAGUGUGAGGUUGACCUCAGAACCAAGAUCUUGAAAUGGACGUUUUAGUUCCUAAGUGACUGUUUUUGCAAUUAGACAAAGUUUCGGGGUGAUUGCCAGUAUAGCAAUAGCUGUACGGCGUAGACCUUUGUGGAAAAAGAAGGCAAAGUUUGGGGGUCUCUUUUAGCAUAAAUGACAAGUACAGGGACCAGAUUUGCAUAUUUGUUUUCAGAAUGUACUAGUGGUGCAAUGAAUAUGUUUUUCUCUUCAUUUGAAAUGAAUGUGUUAUUAAAUGAGAUGAAUUAUCUU